UUGGAGAUUGAGCGCAGCGUGGAGUGGGGCGGGGGCCGGGCCGCGGCGGCCGCCGGAGCGAUGUUCCCGCAGAGCCGGCACCCGACGCCGCACCAGGCCGCGGGGCAGCCGUUCAAGUUCACCAUCCCGGAGUCGCUGGACCGCAUCAAGGAGGAGUUCCAGUUCCUGCAGGCGCAGUACCACAGCCUUAAAUUGGAAUGUGAGAAACUGGCCAGUGAAAAGACGGAAAUGCAGAGGCACUACGUGAUGUAUUAUGAAAUGUCAUACGGAUUAAACAUUGAAAUGCACAAACAGACUGAGAUCGCCAAGAGGCUGAACACGAUCUGCGCACAAGUCAUCCCGUUUCUGUCUCAGGAACAUCAACAACAGGUGGCCCAGGCUGUGGAGCGCGCCAAGCAGGUGACCAUGGCAGAGCUGAACGCCAUCAUCGGGGUACGUGGCCUUCCAGGUCUACCUCCUACACAGCAGCAGCUGCAAGCUCAGCAUCUGUCCCACGGCCACGGGCCCCCGGUGCCCCUCACGCCCCACCCUUCAGGACUCCAGCCCGCUGGCAUCCCGCCCCUGGGGGGCAGCGCCAGCCUUCUCGCGCUGUCUAGUGCCCUGAGCGGGCAGUCUCACUUGGCAAUAAAAGACGACAAGAAGCACCACGACGCAGAGCACCACAGAGCAGACAGAGAGCCGGGCACAAGUAAUUCCCUCUUGGUUCCAGACAGCUUAAGAGCCACCGAUAAACGCAGAAAUGGGCCUGAAUUUUCCAAUGACAUCAAGAAAAGAAAAGUGGAUGAUAAGGAUUCCAGCCACUAUGACAGCGAUGGUGACAGAAGUGAUGACAACUUAGUGGUGGACGUGUCCAAUGAGGACCCUUCCUCUCCACGAGCCAGCCCUGCGCAUUCACCCCGGGAGAACGGGAUCGACAAAAGCCGCCUGCUGAAGAAAGAUGCUUCCAGCAGCCCUGCGUCCACAGCCUCCUCGGGAAGUUCUGCUUCUUUGAAGUCCAAAGAAAUGAGCCUGCAUGAAAAAGCCAGCACGCCCGUUCUGAAAUCCAGUACGCCCACGCCUCGGAGCGACCUGCCAGCGCCAGGCCCCAGCGCCACCCCGGGCCUCCGCCCGGGCCUCGGCAAGCCUCCAGCCAUGGAGCCCCUCGUCAACCAAGCCGGAUUUGGUUUUCAUUUGGAGUUGGUACCAGGGAAUGGAAAGUUCGGACUGAAGGAGAAAUCUUGGAUUUUAUCGAGAAAAUCUUCUUUUGAGAUUAAGUCAGCAGCUGGUCUGAGGACCCCCCUGGCAGUGCCCGGCCCGUACCCCGCUCCUUUUGGGAUGGUUGCCCAUGCCAGCAUGAACGGUGAGCUGAACAGCCCCGGAGCGGCCUACGCCAGUCUGCACAACAUGUCACCCCAGAUGAGUGUCGCCGCCGCCGCCGCCGCUGCAGUGGCCUACGGGCGCUCCCCCAUGGUUGGGUUUGAUCCUCCUCCUCACAUGAGAGUACCUACCAUCCCUCCCAGCCUGGCGGGGAUCCCCGGGGGAAAGCCUGCCUACUCCUUCCACGUCACCGCGGACGGCCAGAUGCAGCCUGUCCCCUUCCCCCCUGACGCCCUCAUCGGACCCGGAAUCCCACGGCACGCCCGGCAGAUCAACACGCUCAACCACGGGGAGGUGGUGUGCGCCGUGACCAUCAGUAACCCCACGAGGCACGUGUACACGGGCGGCAAGGGCUGCGUCAAGGUCUGGGACAUCAGCCACCCUGGCAACAAGAGCCCCGUGUCCCAGCUGGACUGUCUGAACAGGGAUAACUACAUCCGGUCCUGUAAGUUGCUCCCGGACGGCUGCACGCUCAUUGUGGGUGGGGAAGCCAGCACCCUGUCCAUCUGGGACUUGGCGGCUCCAACCCCACGCAUCAAGGCAGAGCUGACGUCUUCGGCCCCCGCCUGCUACGCCCUGGCCAUCAGCCCCGACUCCAAGGUCUGCUUCUCCUGCUGCAGCGACGGCAACAUCGCCGUGUGGGACCUGCACAACCAGACGCUGGUGAGGCAAUUUCAGGGCCACACAGAUGGCGCCAGCUGCAUUGACAUUUCCAACGAUGGCACCAAGCUCUGGACGGGGGGUUUGGACAACACGGUCCGGUCCUGGGACCUGCGCGAGGGCCGGCAGCUGCAGCAGCACGACUUCACCUCCCAGAUCUUCUCUCUGGGGUACUGCCCAACCGGAGAGUGGCUGGCCGUGGGCAUGGAGAGCAGCAACGUGGAGGUUCUGCAUGUGAAUAAACCAGACAAGUACCAGCUGCAUCUCCACGAGAGCUGUGUGCUCUCCCUGAAAUUUGCUUAUUGUGGGAAGUGGUUUGUGAGCACUGGAAAAGACAACCUUCUCAACGCGUGGCGGACCCCCUACGGGGCCAGCAUCUUCCAGUCCAAAGAGUCCUCGUCGGUGCUUAGCUGCGACAUCUCUGUGGAUGACAAAUACAUCGUCACCGGCUCCGGGGACAAGAAGGCCACGGUCUAUGAGGUCAUCUACUGACAACCCGGUGUGAUUUAACAGUUAGAGUUGAAUUGGGCCAAAACGUUUAAAUCUGUAGAAAUAGAGACAUUGUAACUUUAAAGAAAAAGAAAAACAACAACAAAGAAAAACCCAACAAACCUGUUUCCAAACCUUGACACAAAACGACUUGGAGCGUAGGAAGAGGAGGCAGUGGGUCUACCAGCAGACGCCCCCCGCCUGCCCGCCUAGACCAGAGCAGCGGAGGCCACAGAGCCCGAGGGUGGCUUCCAGCUCUGGCUGCCCGCUCCGCCGCCCUCUCUCCGGGAUCUGUCGCUCAUCCUGGCCCAGUGUGAAUCCACCGCCCCCGCCUGACGUCCUUUGUAGAGCCCUGGUGUCUCCAGUGAACUCGCUUCCUGGUUUUGCAUCUUGUGAAAUGUUUUUUGUUUUGUUUUGUAUUUUUGUUGAAGGUUAAACAUUUGUAUAAAUUGUAAAUAUAUUUGGUUUAUUACAGUAAAGGCUUUAGUACCAAUAA